AAAGUGCUAUUUCUGUGCCUAUUAACAAAAAAUGUCUCACUUUGCGACUCCUUUUAUAGUAAUUAAUUUAGGUUGUGAAAUGAUUUAUGUUAUUGACCAACGUUUAAAAACUCAAAGUGUUCCUUUGGAGAAAUCUGAAAGAGUAAUGACCGAUCUCGUUACCGUAUUGUUACACCCGAAGUUGCUGGAUGAGCUAUUCUUGCCACAGCCGGUGGCAACGCACAAAGUAAUAAAACAGUUACUUCAGGAUAUAUGUGAAACAUCCAUUAUGAAACUCGACGAUUAUUCCAAGAGCAAAUUAUGGGACCUAAUGACAAUGCUAUUCAAAUGGCAGCUCUCAGUAGCAACAACUCAAAAUGUUUUUGACAUUAGCAAGCGACAUCUAAGGAAUGUGAUGACUUUGAUGCCGGAGUACUUUUCGAAAUUUAUUUUUGAAAAUGCACUCAACAAAUUUGAAAAGUUAAUUGACAAAUUUUCUGAUAACGAUUUUCACUGUUUGUGCACUACGUUAAUACUUUGGUUCUCAGAAUACCACACCAAGAUUUCAGUUCUUAUUAGACUAGGUUUACAGAAAAAAGACGGAACAUUCUCCUUACCUAGUUCAAUAAAUUCAAAAAUUUUAAACAAUCUAGGAGAAAAUGUGUAUAAAUACGAUUAUAGUAAUAAAAACAACCUAUACCAUGACAAUGAGCAUCGUUGUAUCGAAACAAAUGAAAUUAAUUGCUUAUUACCAUCGAUCGAUAAAGGAUGCAAUGAAGAUAAAGUCUUAGAAUUAAAACUGCCAAUUGAUUUUCGAAACGAAGAUCAGAAACGAAAAAUAAUAACAAUUACUAAAACCGUUGAAUAUGAAAACAUAACAGCAUGUAUAAAACAUAGGAACAGUGACUUAACAUAUUCAGCCAAUGUUCCGAAAUCUCCUCAAGAAGAUCUUUUGGAAAUGCUUAAUGAAACAUUUUAAAAUUAUUAUUCAUAUCUUCCUUUAUUUUUAAUCUGCAUAAAGAUUGUAUUAUGUUAGAAAAUGUUAACUAAAUGUAUUUAAAACGAAUACCCUAGGCUUGAAUUAGUGAAAUAAAAGAUAUUAUGAAAAAUAUAUUUUAUUAACAUCACAACUUUUUAUAUUAAAAGCUAAAAACUUUAAAGUCACUCACAAAAAUAUUCUAAGUUAGUUAUUGUUGUUCUAUUUACUUGAUUAUGUCAAGAACGAAAUAAGUCAAUUAAAAUUGUAGUCGUUAUCUUAUUGAUUCCCUUACAUAAGCAUUAUUUGGAACAACUCAGAACAAGGAAAAGGGCUGCACAUAUUUUACAUUUACUUACUACAUUAAAUAAAUGUAUAUAUAUAUGUUCUGGAUUAUGUUAAUUGUAGUUGUUUGUAAGAAUAUUUUUAUUA